UUCCUUUUCCUUGUUUUCUUUUGUGUGGUGUGGUGGGCGGUGCCUGUGACUGUUUCCGGGUUACUGGAUGACCUUGAACCUCCAGGAGCGAGAUGGCGAGCGUGUGGAGGCUGAGUGUCCUCUGCGGUGCCCGAGGAGGCCGAGCUCUCUUCCUCCAAACCCCAGUGGUCAGACCUGCUCAAAUCUCGGCAUUUCUCCAGGAUCAACCUACCCCAGGAUGGUGUGGAAUACAGCACAUUCACCUGUCACCCAGCCGCCAUUCUGCUUCCAAGGCUGCGUCUCUCCACUGGACUGGUGAGAGGGUUGUCAGUGUUUUGCUCUUGGGCCUACUUCCAGCUGCGUAUUUGAAUCCUUCUUCUGCGAUGGACUAUUCCCUGGCUGCAGUCCUCUCUCUCCAUAGUCAUUGGGGCCUUGGACAAGUUGUUACUGACUAUGUUCAAAAGGAUGCAUUGCAGAAAGCUGCCAAGGCAGGCCUCUUGGCACUCUCGGCUUUCACCUUUGCUGGGCUUUGUUAUUUCAACUAUCACGAUGUGGGCAUCUGCAAAGCUGUUGCCAUGUUGUGGAAGCUCUGACCUUCUUGACUUCCUACCUUGAAAAUUGAUUGUACACCUCUUUGCCUCUGCUCUGUCAUGCCAUUCAUCUCACAAUAAGGAGGAAAUAACAGAUAAGUCCACUGGUGAGAUAAAUCUCUUCUCCUAAUCACCUGGCUAGUUUUAGAAU